UUCUGUAAACUUCUCUAAGAAACAUUACGUACAAGUCGUAUUUUGUACAGUUGUCGCUACCAGUUGGUUGUCAUAACUGUUUUUUAACCAUACAACAAUUAUCAUUUCAUAAUUCAUAGGUCUCCGUGGGAAGAAAUAUGUAGGUCCUACAGUAACGGGUGAAAUCUUAUAAGGGUUAAUGAAAUUGUCAUCUGCAAAAAUACGACCCUGACUCAGAAGACACCACUAGUCGGCGUUUGACCAAGAAAAACCUGAAACACAAGCGCAUUCACACUAAAGUUCCAUAAUUCAGAUUUUAAGGCGUAAUUUGUGUUGCAAAUAUUAUAAAUAUUCGGAAGUAAAAUACGAAAACAUUGAUUAAAUUGUCAAAUAUUAUUUUCAUUGAACAACACAGCACAGCUAGUAUCGUGCAUUGGGAGAGGUAACGUUACGCUUUGUCACUUUUAUCUGUCUGUCAUUAUUAAAACGAAACGAAAUUUCGUCAAAUAAUGAUAAAUAUUUAUGAAAACAUAUAUUUAAUGUUAAAGAACAUCCACGGAAAUAAAGUCGUUAAUGGUCGGUAGUGUGUUAUCAUGACACGAAACAAUUAAAUGUUAUUACUGGAUUCACGAUCACCUUCACCAACAAUGACAUUAUUAAACUCACUAAACUGUCUGCAACGUACGCCGUAUAAACAUUUACUAUAUAUAAUAUAUUAUUGUACAACAAAUAAGGCCACAGUGACUGCAUUGUAUUGAUUGUAUGACGAAGAAAGGACUAUGAGAAGAAAAAAGAUGAUUAGUUUAAUCUGUUUACAGUAACUAAGUAUAGUAUAAAAGUUUUGACUUUCCUUAAUAAUGGAAACAUUAUUUUUAGUGGUCCUUGAUAAUUGUAUCCACUUCGGUCACACUUUAAAUUCAACAUUAAUAGAUAUUUAAUUCAUAAAUAAUUACAUCUGAAUAAUCUAUACUUUGAAAUACAUCAGAGAAACGCUUCUGAAAAACAAUAAAGCAAGACACCAGACAUUGAAGCCUCACUGCUAUAAAGGAACAAAUUUUUAUUUCAAUCUUCAUUGCAUCGUAUUAAUCAGUCAUGGCGCGUUCUGUCGUCUUGUUAGUGUUGUGUUUAAGUAUUGUGUCUUGUUAUGGCAGAGUGAAAAAAGUAUGUGGACCCAAUGAACAUCUCAAAGAUGGUAUAAGUUGCAAAUCGGACUGUUGCCCCGGUGAAGACUGCCCCGACCCUUGCGCCAGUGCCUGCACGUGUGACCUCCAGUACCACAGAGUGUCCAAUGGGACCUGUAUACCGACGAGACAAUGUCCUCCCAUCGACUGCCCUAACAAUGAGCACUUCGACGUCUGUCCCGUGUGUAAUGAGGGUUGCGAUAACGCAGUCGCGUCUGGAAAGAGAUGUAGAUUCGUUGGACGAAUAGGUAUCACUGUGAUCUGUGAACCUGCGUGUCGCUGCGAUGAUGGCUAUUGGAGGAACAGCAAAAAACAAUGUGUCCCUUAUGAGGAGUGCCGUAUGUGAUCUUUUAGACAUAUUUUAUUGGACCUGUCAGUUAGGACGGACCUUUUAAUAUAUAAUAACAUUAAUAUAUAUUUACAAACUAAAAUUUAA